CUGAUCGUUGCUUCCAGUAACAAGUCUUCUGUCGACAACCAACUGCACUUCUACAACCCAUCUGUUCUGCUGCUAGCUAGCUAGCCUGCAUUCCAUUCAUUUCAUUCGAUAGGACUCACGUCUGAGUCUCCAUCCUCUCGGCUCUUGACGGCCUGCUUAUCAUUAAUUUGAUCAGCACUUUCUGUGACGGAACAGCAAUUGAAAUGUCAUCCGAAGACCUCAAGCCCGCCGCAGACGAUGCGGUCGCAGUGUCCUCGAAGAAGCAGCGUUUUGUACAGGCAGACACACGCAACAAGGCAUCGCUGUUUGCACGCUGUCAAGCUGUAGUAGUGGCCAAUCUAGAACGAUAUCCUCCCGAGAUUUUCGGCAUGCUGUCGCCCGAUGAUUGGGAAGACAUUCUGCGCAUCAAGCAUGGCAAGACGGCACCUCAAAAAGGGACCGGAGGUCUCGAUGGAACCGGCCGAAGAACACCCGCUCUCUCGGAACGGUUCAUUGGCGAAGUGGAACGAAUGAACGACCACUUGGCAGAGAGCGACAUCGCGGAUGAAUUGGUGUGGAAAGACUGCGUGGAAUACCAAUUUUCGCGACGUGGUUUGACACGCCCUCGCGCCAUGCUGUUUCCAUGGCCAGUGCUCGUCCAGCAUUUGGCAGAGCAGGCAAAUAUACUGGUACAGUGGAAAAAGAAGGAGGAUGUGGCAGAACGAAACGAAGAGCCAUUGAGUCUCACUCCCGAAGAUACAAAAGCCAUUGUGGACGCCACGCAGAAAUUAAAGGAAUCGGCCAUGAACGUCUCGCUGCUCAAAGAAAGCGGGGUCGGAAAAGUAUUGAAGAAACUCAUCAAAGCGGAGACUAGUAGAGCUGAUGCAUCCAUAUUUGAUCAAAUCAAAAUGCCUAGCACCGUGGUCAGCAGUCUUGUCGCAUCCAAGGACACGGGCAAACCGAAGAAUCAAAUGUCGGUCUUGAGGACACUGGAGAAUCUCCUCCAGGCGUGGAUGGACUUUGCCGCCAGCAGAGGUGUCGACAUGAACGCUGGUAAAGGUAACAAGGAGAGCGCAAAAGCCAUGGAGCUCUUCAAACAAGAUGCCGAAGACUUGGAGUGUACCGAACAGUGCAAAACUUGGAGACAUCUGUUUGCUUCAUUGAAAGGACGAGCCGAUCAACGGCGCCUCAAUCUAGGCCAGAAAAUGAGAGAAAAUCGCAAAAAUCAAAAUUCCGUGCGGCCUCAGAUCGUCAAAGUCCGACCGGCCAAUUCACGUCGUGAGAGAAUUCUGCACAAGGGCGCUUCCACGCCCAAUUGGGGAAGAGGCGGAGGCACAGUGGGAAGCCACGGCGGAGCCAAGAUUCUGGAGUUGCGCAAAGAAGCUUCAGUGCAAGCAGAAAGGCAAAAGGCAGGUGUGGUUGCGUAUAAGAAGAAAGGCUCGGGCUUUGGAGCUGCUGUUGCGCUCGCCUCGACAAAUAAGUUGACCGCCAAACAAAAGAUGAUACAGAUGGAGAGCAGAAAACGAAAGAUUGCAGCGAUUGUAGGGCUUGGAAGUGGAAAGCAAAUGGCAGUGCCGCAGAAAGCUAUGAGAAUGCAAGGUGGCAACUUUUCAAGUAAGAAAGCCAAGCGGAGCCAACAAGGGCGAAAAUAGAAUGAUUGAUUCUUCAAUCAUCCAAUACUCUCUAGAGAGUAGCAAACGAACAGUCAGGUUGCCUGCAGACUAGCGACUAGUCCCCAACUAAAUUUUAUUGACUAUUGAACUCAUAAUUAAAUAAAUCUCAGUCAAUCUGGUUC